AUGAAUACUGUAACUGUUUUGGUUGUGGCUAUUUCUCUUUUCAUGAUCGCCAAUGCGGCUCAUAAAGGACAUGGAAAAUGUCUACCUGGUGAUAAACACAAGGAAUCCCCAUCUGCAGAAAAAAGCAUGGCGGCUUGUAAAUCUUACAAAGAUGCAUCAUGCUGCACCAGUGAUUUCACCAAACAGCUUGCCACCUCUCCGAUCAAGAAAGUCGGAAAGUUUUCGUGGACACCGUGCAACAACACUUUGAGCCCCAAAUGUGAAGCUUUCAUGGUGAUGGUGGAAUGUUUUUACCGCUGCUCACACAACACGUACUUCUGGAAGAAUCCCGAUUAUCCGUCUGCAAUCAUGAAGGCCCCUGUGUGCGCAAGUUUCUGCAAUGGCUGGUUCGACGCUUGCAAAGACGACCUAACCUGUGCUAAAAAUUGGAUCGCAGACUUUAACAAGACUGAGACGGGUGUGAACACUUGUAAAAAGCCGUGCAAGAACUUUAGCGAUUACUUCACCAAUGGCAAGGACCUUUGCGAGAGCAUGUGGGGAACCAGCUUUGUCUACAAGGAAACCGAUUGCCUGCAGAUGAAUUUCACGAGCCCAAACCCGAAUGACGACCUAGUCAAAAGGCUGUCUGAAAAGCCUGAGAGUGGUGCGCUGUUUUUCACUGUUAGUUUGGCAGCUCUUUGGAUUCCUUUGCUGUUCACUAUUGCCUUCAUUUACUAACUGAGAAAUGACUUUGAAAAUUCCUUGCUUGCGUAACACUUCGCCUUAAGUCGAUGAGUCCAAAUUUACAGAAUUUGUGUAGAUAGACUCAGGAUUAUGCUUGCCUCGUUCACUAGUUGAAAAAAUCAUUUUGACAUUGCCUUAGUUGUAUAGCAUUUCGCUUAGAGUCUUAGGUUCCGAGCUUUCUCAGAUUUUUUAGACAAAAGGGAGGUUAAAUCAGAGAAAUUAGGUAUUGCUGACCUUUGCACGGCACUUUUCAGUUUGUGAUUUUAAAAAGUAGUUUGUUUGCGUUUGUGUGCGCACCGUUUCAUGCCCUUUCCUAUUCUGUACACUUUUUCAUUAAAAUUGUUUGCACGACCGUAUUUUCUGUUGUGAUUUGUGGAAGUCGAAAAUUUUUUGGUAGCUGGAAGAGUUUGAUGAAAGUCAGAUUUUUGUCUAACACGGGACAAAUCUGAAAUUUUUCGAGGUUACGCAACCGUAAUCUUCAUUUCUGUUAGCCCAAAUGUUUCAUGUAGAAUUCUAUUUGUUGAAUAAAAUUUGAAACAAAAUAUGUUUUUUUAUUCAGUUAGGUGUAUAACCUUUUCAAGAGCGGAACGAAACAUUUCUCAUAAAAGCAUUCAUGAGACAAUCAUAUGUCUCUAAUAUAUCAAGCAGAGCGGAAGUAGCUGCAGAGCGGAAGCAGCUUGAGCCCGAAGCCGGAAAGGAAGUUUUGUUGGUCGGUGACCAGGUCAUUGUAGGCCUGUUUCUCGAUGAUGGGACAGGCAGCCACCCAAGAGGCUUGAGACGACGUUACGUAAUCUCUUUUGAUACAUUUCAGCUCUUUUGUCGUGUUUAUUCGCUGUUGUGUUACAAAUGUUAAACUCGGCUCAAUCCAAGUGAUCGUAGGAAAUGUUUCAUAGAUUCAUUUAGUUAACUUUGAUCUUCCACUUCCACUUAAGUUACAUUCAGAUGAAUAAAGUUCUCUCUCUCCUCUUGUUUCAUGUGUUUCAUUGAGCGAUUUUUCGAUUUCUUGGGACAAUUUGUUCUGCUCUCUUCAUUAACACCUCUCCUGUAUUUGGUAGAGCGUUCGUGUGGAGAUAGAGCCAACAAACGUAACACGGUCUGAAACGAGCAGCAUUCAGUCUGCCUCUCUCGGUGACAAUAUACGUCGAACACAAAGUCGCCAAUCAAAUAUCUUAAAAUCAGUCUGUUAAUGCGUUUGAUAAACACGCCGUAACAGAGGGUAGGCAUGCCAGGGCCUUGUUCACUCGUUUAAGUUUCGUUUCGUGAACGUAGCUAUAUAUGUUUAUGCGUCGCGUCUUUCCACCAUGCGUAAACGCCAUUAUCGAAAACGUAAAGGAACACUUUCGUAGACGCCCCCAGGAGUGGAUAUAAGUAAACACAUAGCAAUAACGUCUAUGAUCUUUUAGCUCGUAGACAGAAAACUUUGUGUCCACUUACGAACGUCUGCCUCUGGACAUGGUUGACACUAUGGGAUAUUGACAAGCGUGACAUGGUCAAGGGAAGCUGUCACGUUCAGCGCGGCAUGUUUCUUAUCAAAGUUAGGGAGGGUGGUGCUUUUGUUGCAGUUGUUUUUCGUAAGGGAAAUAAAUGCCCUGGAGACUGCCGGGCCUCUCCAAAACACAACGUACAGACGAGGAUGGUAUCGAGACAGGCACCAAUAUUAAUAAAGUCAAAAGAUGAAGUGUCGAUGUCUGGCUUAAUUUCAGAGAUCUUUGAAAAAUCCAAAAGUUCAUGCGCAAACACAGAGGGUAGCCGCUUAUGGAAAUUGCGAAGUCAAAAUGAGAACGAUUUUAGACAACUAAAACUUUCAACAAAUUUUUGUAUCGCUGAAACUUUCAGCAAAUUUACCUAUUUGCUCAGUUAUCAGUUAAUUCAAUAUUAGAGUUUACUUACACAAGAAUUGUUUAGUUAGCUGUAAAUUGUAUCUAUCAAUACACUGUUAUGUGUGUUAAUCAGUUGGCACUGUGGCGGAACUAACAAGAGAAAGCGUAAAUAACGAUUUUUACAUCCGGCCGGGCAUGUUUGAGUAAGAGUUAAAAUGCACGGUGCGUGGAGGGGGUGAGGAAGUCGAGAGGAAUUUCUAUUGCCCCACCCCCUCCCCUUUCUUUCCUUUUGACCGUCGCUCACCCUCUUGGUACAAAUUUCACUCUCUCCUCAGCCCUCCGCUGCCGUAAAAGAUGGCAGUUAUAGUUUUCACUAAGGAAAUACAGAGCAAUCCCUUGCUUAAACUACGCUUGCUCUUGCAGGCAACAGAAUAAAGUUGAUGUUAAACUGAAAAAUCUCAAUAUUUUUUUGCAGUUACAUUUAGCUCUCAAUGUGCGCGUUGAAAUGCGAUGCGAUCUCAGUGCUCAGAAAGUCUAGGUUAAAAGAAAGAGAAAGCCCUCUUCUACAACAUGUCUCAUUUCCUCAGCUCUUUGGGAGUCUGAACCCCACACUCAUGAAAUUUAAAAGUAUAUCACAGUUUCUUUUUCAUGUUGCCAAUGGAGUUGAAGUCGGUUGUUGUGUGUUACUGAAAAUCUUGUUUUAUUUUCAAUGAUUAACAUAGUGACUUGAAGAAAAGAAUAAAUUAUUAGUGGUAAUCCAUUGACAAGCAAUUAGUGACUAACAUGUGAUAUUGGGCAGCUACUUGCCUUUUGUAAAACUGGUAGGACACGAGGGUAGAGUCAAUGAACCCGCACGUUAACACCCGCAGUAAUAUGCAAAAAUCAAAGAGUACUAAGUCGAUAGGGGAAGAUUCAAAUUAUUUAAUUCCGGGGCUUUGCUCUAGUUUGCGUUAUCCUGACACUUUCCAUUUACUUAGUGUGUGUGACAAAAUUUAACCAGUGACUCUUUAGUCGCCAGGCAGCGUCGACGACAUCGGGGACAAUGAAAGAAAUAUGCAGUUCUGAUCAGAAACAAGAGUUCAUUAGGGUAAUGGAGAGCCAAAUCAAAAUUAUGCUAAUAAUUAAAAGGAAAAAAGAUGGGAAAGGGCAUGUGCUAGAGAUUCAAAGAAUAACAACGAUGUCUGAUCGAGCAUGUCCUGUAAACAGUAAAGCUGACAUUUGUAAUUUACCUCGAUUUAUCAAUUAUGAAUGAAACGAUUGGCCGAUAUCAAGAUAUGAUGCAACAAUUUUCAGAGAAAAAUCAUGACUAAUGGCAAAUCGUCCAGUUGUUUCCAUGGUUUUUGCGUCACACUAGAACUCUUUCUAUUAUUCAAUAGCGGUGUUUGUGAGUCGACAAUCAAUAUUCAUAUUCUCGAUUUCACGGUUUUGUGAGUUUGACGGUCAGAGAAAUAUAAGUUUAAACACGUUUUUCAGCUCCCUCUGAAGAACCAUGCACGCUUCUGUGAAAUUCUUGAUUCAUGCCUUUUCACUCCUUUUGAUCGCAAACGCGGCAAUCGGACAUGAAAUAGGACAAAGAUGUCUGCCCGGUAACAAUCACAAGAAAUAUGCGUCCGCGGAAGAGAACUUAGUGGCUUGUAAAGCAUACAAAAAUAAUUCCUGCUGCACGAGUGACUUCACCAGACAACUGGUCCCUUCUCCAAUAAAAAGCAUCUACAAUUUCUCGUGGACGCCUUGUAACAACACCUUGAGCGCCAGAUGUGAAAAGUUUUUGGUUUUGAUCGAAUGUUUCUACCGGUGCUCACCCGAUGCGAUCUAUUGGGAAAAUCCAGAUUUUCCUUCAGCAAUAAAGAAAGCCCCUAUCUGCGCGAGUUUUUGUGAUGAGUGGUACGAUGCUUGCAGAUACGACCUAACCUGUGGGAGAAACUGGCUGACAGACUUCAACUUCAGCGCCGAUGGAGUUAACACGUGUAAACAGCCUUGCAGGAACUUCAGCGAUUACUUCACCGAUGGCAAAGAUCUUUGCGAGGGAAAGUGGGGCCAGACUUUUGUCUACAAAGAAAACGAUGUCGAUUGUUUGAAGAUGAAUAUUACGAGUCCUAACCAGAACGAAGAGGUGGUAAAAAAACGACUGAGUGACAAAGAUGCU